CAGCCAGCGCCUCGCGAUGGGCAUCUCGCGGGACAACUGGCACAAGCGCCGCAAAACCGGGGGCAAGAGGAAGCCCUACCACAAGAAGCGGAAGUAUGAGCUGGGGCGCCCGGCUGCCAACACCAAGAUCGGCCCCCGCCGCAUCCACACCGUUCGAGUUCGGGGAGGCAACAAGAAGUACCGGGCCUUGAGGCUGGACGUGGGGAACUUCUCCUGGGGCUCAGAGUGUUGUACUCGCAAAACGAGGAUCAUUGAUGUUGUCUACAAUGCAUCCAACAAUGAGCUGGUCCGCACCAAGACCCUGGUGAAGAACUGCAUCGUGCUGAUUGAUAGCACGCCGUACCGGCAGUGGUAUGAGUCCCACUAUGCGCUGCCCCUUGGUCGCAAGAAGGGAGCCAAGUUGACCCCCGAAGAGGAGGAAAUUUUAAACAAAAAGCGGUCGAAGAAAAUUCAGAAGAAAUACGAAGAGAGGAAAAAGAACGCCAAAAUCAGCAGUCUCCUGGAGGAGCAGUUCCAGCAGGGCAAGCUUCUUGCAUGCAUCGCUUCAAGGCCAGGCCAGUGUGGCCGAGCAGAUGGCUAUGUGCUAGAGGGCAAGGAGCUGGAGUUCUAUCUGAGGAAGAUCAAGGCCCGAAAAGGCAAAUAAGCCUUCUGCUCGUGUAAUAAAGCUGUUUAUUGUUCUA